CUGACAUAAGUGCGCGUGCACGCGAUAAGCGCGGCCACUUUCACGUUAUUUUUUGUGCGAUUAUAUACGCGCUGCUCCUAUUAGGCCACGUCAAAAUUAAUUUCGUCGUUAUUAGAAGCAACGUAUUCUUUUCGGAUGAUUAGAUUUGCCGUAAUGAAAAAUGUGAAGAAUGUAUAGUAGGUUACUACAUCGGUGCAUCAAGGCCGUCUAACAAGGCAGAUAGCACUUUGGUCAAGUACUAUUUUUAUUCCAGUUGUUAACCUCGAACGACAUAUUCGCAGAAAUGUCAUUCGAAGGAAAGUACAACGUGAAAAGUCCUGCGGUGAAGAGAUUAAUGAGAGAGGCUCAAGAGCUUCAUGAGGCUACAGAAGAAUACUGUGCAUCUCCUUUAGAAGACAAUCUUUUUGAGUGGCAUUUUACUGUUCAAGGACCACCUUCCACAGACUUUGAAGGUGGUGUUUACCAUGGUAGAAUUUUGUUGCCACCAGAAUAUCCUAUGAAACCACCAAAUAUUAUAUUGUUAACACCCAAUGGACGCUUUGAAACUAAUAAAAAAAUUUGCCUAAGCAUUUCUGGGUAUCACCCAGAAACAUGGCAACCUUCGUGGAGUAUCAGAACAGCUUUAUUGGCUUUAAUUGCUUUUAUGCCGACACCAGGAAAUAGGACAAUCGGUUCUUUAGAUCAUAGCACAGAAGAGAGGCAGAAGCUUGCAAAAAAAUCUCUAAGUUGGCAAUGCGAUACUUGUGGCAAAGUUGUUGAUUUGUUAUCUAAAAACACAGUUAAGAAACCCAUCACAGAGGAAGAACAAACUAUGUUAAAUACAAUAGCUUUGAAGGCUGAUGAUUCACCUGCAUCGGAUACAUCUUCUUUAGUCAAUACAGAUAGUACUUCAGAAAAUCAACUAAGACAACGCAGUAUUGAACCGAUUAGUGUUGAUAAUCAAGAUCAACAGCAAUCGGAUGUUAUAGUAAAUCAACAAGUAGAAACGAUGUCAUCUUCGAACGAUUUAUUUUGGAGUAUUCUGAUCGCUUCCUUAGUAUCAGCGAUAAUUCUACUUAUUUUACGACGGCUAUUUCUUGUUUAAAGUAUUCUAAAUGUAACAAAACAUUAUGACUUCAAAAGCUGUUCAGUCUCUAAGUCAACACAUACCAUAUCCGAUUCUACCGGAUCCCAUUCUAAACUAUUUGGUGUCGA